ACCAAUAAAAGCAUGUACUAAAAAUAACCCAUAGGUUUUGAGAAUCGGAGAGGCCAGCUUUCAAAAAAAUUCCUUUCUUUUUCAUGGCCAAAAUAGAGGAGAAACUCAGUUGAGGCUUUGAGGCCAUCCAUCAUCACAUAAAAAAAAAAAUAAUAAUAAAAAUUUUGAAAUGACACAACAUGGCCAACAAUUAGCUCAACUCAGCCUUAGGAGGAGGAUUCAUCGUCGCCUUUUAAUCCUCCGGCGAUGGUUUCGACGUGUGUUGAAUCAAAUUCUCAGAUGUCCCCCCCUAAAGAAACCAAUCCGGUACCGCAUGCUAGCACGUGGCACGGUGACAUCUUCAUCUAUAGGCACCCCAGAGGGUGGCUUUGCUUCUGUGGAGAAUGAGAAUGUGACACCCGUGUAUCAUCAUCAUAGCCAUGACAAGGACUCGGAUUUGGUUGCCUUGAAGAUAAGUCUUUUGGGUGAUUACCAAAUUGGAAAGACUAGUUUCCUGGUGAAGUAUGUAGGGGAAGAACAGGAAGCCCUGCAAAAUAAAGGACUAAAUAUGAUGGAUAAAACAUUAUUGGUUGGAGGUGCACGUAUUUCUUAUUGUAUUUGGGAAGUAGAAGGUGAUAAAAUGUCUCGAGAUCACAUUCCUGCUGCUUGCAAGGACUCUGUUGCAAUGUUGUUCAUGUUUGAUCUAACAAGUCGGUGUACGUUAAAUAAUAUCAUAAAGUGGCAUCAAGAAGCAAGAAAAUGGAAUCAGACUGCAAUUCCUGUUUUAAUUGGAACAAAGUUUGAUGAAUUCAUCCAACUCCCCAUAGAUUUGCAAUGGACGAUCGCAAGUCAGGCAAGAAAAUUAGCAAAGGCCCUCAAUGCAACCCUUUUCUUUUCAAGUGCAACCUACAACAUCAACGUGAAUAAGAUCUUCAAGUUCAUCACUGCAAAGCUCUUUGACCUACCAUGGACUGUGGAGAGGAAUUUGACUGUGGGAGAGCCCAUUAUUGAUUUUUAGCCUACUAUUUUGUGGCAAAGUGUGUAGCCAUAGAAGAACUAACCGUGGAGAGGAAUCUGAUUGUGAGAGAGCCCAUUAUUGAUUUUUAGCAGACUAUUUUGUGGCAAAGUGUGCGGCCGUAGAAGAACUGAAGAUGUAGAUAUAGAAAAAUUGCCUAAAAUGCAAGAAAGCAAUUAAAGUCAACCAGUCGCUGGACUCGUCAUUGUGUUGCUACAUUUGAAAUGUCAUGGAGAAUGGCAGAGGCGGGAGGAGAGCCCACAUCUCCAUUUAUGAAUAGCAUUUGUGUUCUCCAAGUUCAGCAAUUGUAAAACCAAAAAAAAAAAAAAAAA